AAAAAAUAAAAAAUAAAAACAAAUAAAAAAUCCUUAGCAAGUAUACCAAUUUCUCUCCUACUUGUUUACGAAGAGCAUUUUUAGUGUGAAUUUGGUAAUGAUCGGCCAGCGAUUUUUGUGUGUGUGAUUCAUCGGAGUUUAACGGCGAUGACUGGGCAGAAUAUCGUGGUGGAGUCAUCGGCGGUGAAUGAGAGUAAGGAACUAUCGAGGACGGCGACGGCGAUGACGACGAAGGAGGAUGAGAAACGAAGCGGAGGCGGAAAUCAGCAUAAGAGGAUAGGAGAAGUGGCCGGAGGGACGGCGGCGGAGUGUGCGAUGGUAUGUUGUUGUUGUCCGUGCACAGUGCUGCACUUUCUCCUACUUGCUCUGUACAAAGUUCCGACGGGACUUUGCCGGAAAGCAUGGAGGAAUAAGAAGCGGAAGAAGGUUUUGAGGAAGAAAAACAACAUCAAUAAUUCUCCUGGUGUUUACUACACCGAUGAUGAUAAGGAUUAUUUCGAUGGCGGCGGUAACGUAAACAGAGGAUCAUCGGAAACGGCCGAAUUUGAAACGGAGAUGUGGCACCGAUUUUACGAUGGCGCUGGAUUUGGAAGGAGUUCAUCUCAAAAGGAAUUAGAAGAACAACAACAACAUCAAUGAUUCUCCCGGUGAUUACUAUAUCCACGUCGAUAAGGAUUGUUCCGAUGUAACCGGCGACGGCGAUAAUCAUGACGGAGGAUUAUCGGAAACGGCCGAAUUCGAAAAGGAGAUCUGGAUUUGGCAGGAGCUCAAACGGAACAACAACAACAACAACAACAAGGAUUAUUCCGACGACGGAGAUGAUCAUGACGGAGGUUCACCGGAAACGGCCUGUUAUGGAAAUAGCAACUAAUUCAAGGACUGAUGAGAAAAAAAAAAGUCAGUAUCGUCAGCUGAAAAUCAAAUAAGGCAUAAUUCAACUGAAACUGAAAAUCUCAGUGCAGUUAUAGUUCCAAUUCAAGUCAUCAAGUUCAGGUACAAUAUUUAAUUACACAUUAAUUCCGCAAGUGAGAUCGAGAAAAAUAAUAAAUUAGAAAUUAUUUUCGAUAAAUCCUCUCGUAAAAGGAAGAGCAAAUAUUAUCUACGAGAAAUGAUUUUUUUUUGCUAUUAAAGAUUUAUAAUUAUAUAGUUUAUAUAUAUAAUUUAUACAACAUUUUAUAUGAAAUUGGGAG